AUGGCGCCUCUGACGUCGCGCUCCAUCUUUGGCACUGAUCCUGUCGACGAGUUUGCAAGUGGGAUUGCCGAUUGGAUAUGGGAGAAUAGUCAAGGUCAUGAAGCUCUCGAGAUUGAGGCUAAGAUUGGCGUCAUGAUUGACAAGAGUACCAAUGCUCGGAUACGGUUGCCGAUUUAUACUGAAGCGAUCGUCAACAUGAACGAGAUCAACGCGAGAUUUGAAAGCAAUAUGUCAAUGAAACAACAUCAGAUUUAUAAUAAACUUUUGAACGAUUUGGUCGCGUACAGCGCGCAAAACCUCCCUCAGAAUGAGCAUAUGGCUUAUCAACACCGCAAAGAGACAGACACUUUUUAUGAUGAAGUUUCAGAAAUCACCGGCCAAAGAGAGCAUAUACGUGUGACGCGUGAUACUCGAACGAAAGAGAUUGUGCCAAAUGGUGUUGUGAAGAAGACGCGUAUCGCAGAUCUUAAUGUAUUUUGUCCUACUCAGCCAUUUGAUUACCGGAUCAGUAUCAAUAUCGAAACACCCAUGUACCUGCCACAAAGCAUGAGCCAUCCUACUUUUUCGCGUGAAAAAGACCGUUUGUCAUACAUUCAGCAAAAUUUUAGCAUUGAUCUUACUCAAGUCAUUGAAGCGAACCGUCCAAGCGAGCCAUUGCAUGAACUUGAAAUUGAAAUUCGCGAUGUAAACUAUCUUAUGCAUUUGGCCAAUGAAGCACAGCAAAUAAAAGGUGAAUCAGAUCGAGUCUGGACUCAGUUUGAAGAUCAUGUCCUCGUUUUGCUAAACAACAUUCGCCUUUUGAUUCGAAAUCAUGACUUCGGAUCGGGAGGGAGAUGA